AGAAAUCCAUGCAGUGUUUUAUGAAUUCAUUUGAUAGGAUAUCAAACAAAUAUAUUAUGCCAAGUCUUCUUGAACUUUGAGUAUUGAUUCUGUGAACAUUGUGUGUUGUGUGUAUUGCGAUUCGUCAUGUUGUGUUCAUACACAACCUUGCGUAAUCCCACUGGGCAGUCCAUGUUGUGACCCUCAGUGCUCCCUGAUGACUGCAGCUGGGAACAAACACACAGGAAUUCUGCCCAGUAAAGUGUGUGUCAAAGUCUUUAGCCUCAGUUAGACUCGUUUGUCACCACGCAGCUGCUCGUCAAAAUGCGAGCGUCUUUAAUUCUUCUGUUUCUCCAAGUGUGGGGGAAUGUUGAAGUCUCUUUAUCACAGAAUGCAUGUUCAAGGCUCCCAGAAGUUCCUCAUGGCUACGUAUCAGAGGAGACCAAAAAAGAUCAGUAUGGAGAGGGAAAUGUGAUACAUUUCUCAUGUGAAACCGGAUAUAUAUCAGGUCCAACCAUUAGAUAUAUGUGCACGAACAGCGGUUGGAUUGCUAUCCAUAAGGGAAAGUGCUUCUUAAAGCCAUGUGAACUCCCUGAUGACAUUCCCAAUGGCUAUUAUCAAAUUACUCAUGGUGAAGACUUUGUUUUUGGAACAACUAUCAAAUAUUUUUGUAAUGAAGGGUAUCAAAUGAUGAGUAAGGAGACCUCCAGGACUUGUUUUCUGGACAAAUGGAGCAACCAUGUGCCAAUAUGUGAUCCUUUGAGCUGUGCCCCCCCGCCAGCAGAUGAAUGGAUCACAGUGAAAGAUUUACCAGAAAAUGAAGACCCCAUACUUCCUGAUCGUUUUCUCACAUUCAGCUGUGAUGCUCCUGGGAAAUAUCUGAAUGGUAGUUCUAGGCUGAUAUGUGGCACAGAUGGACAGUGGGAUAAACCAUUCCCCACUUGCGAAGACUUUGCUUGCAAAGUUGGUACGUUGGACUCUCAUCUCCGCGUAGUUGAUCUACCAGAAAACAAAACAGUUAAGUCUGGAAAUAAAAUACGGUUUGUCUGUGACGAACCAUAUGCCGUGGACGGGCCUGAAGAAAUUGAAUGUUCGGGCCAUGAGCAGUGGAGUGCCGAGUUUCCAACUUGUUCUGAACAAUGCAAAAUCACGGAUGUAGCUGGCACCAUACGGAUGGAGAGACGUGUAGUAGGUCAACAACUAGGGAAAGGAGAAAAGUUGAAGUUUUAUUGCCCCGUACGUGGACACUUUCUUCGAGGGAAUGCAGAGGUUGAAUGUUUAUCAAACGGACAGUGGAGUCAUCCUUUCCCAACAUGUGGAGAACCUUCGCGUUGCGGACGGCCACCUUUCAUUGCAGAUGCAGACACCACAACCUCUUCUAAAAGUGGCUACGACCAUGGGGAAAAGGUUGAAUACAGGUGUCAGAACUACUACACCAUGAAGGACGGGCCUUACAAAACCUGCAACAACGGUGAAUGGACUGGAGAGAUGAGAUGUCUCAAACCCUGCACUGUGGAUCGAGCACUCAUGAACAGCCAUAAUAUCUCAUUCAGAUACAAGAAUGAUGAUAAGCUGUAUUCAGUACAUACUCAGCCAAUCACGUUUGUGUGUAAGAGUGGAACAAGACAGUACGGCAGCGUGGGAAUGCGUCAGCAUUGUAAUGAUGGUGUGAUGAACCUGCCAACUUGCCGUUAAGUGUUUUAUCCUGCUGGAUAUGAUGAGCAUGAACUGGCUAGAAAAGCAUGUAAGAGAUAAUCAGAGUUAAGUUUCAGACAAGUUGUAUACUGAUCCACUGUCUGUACUUCAGUGUUGUGUUUGGCAAUUUUAAUAAAAACAUAUACAGUAUGUUCA